GCCACACACAAUGUAGAUGACAGAGUUUUUCUGCUUAUAGGCAGUGACAAGAAAGCAUACACUUUAGUAAAGAACUGGAGAAAUAUGAUGAUGCUGAAAAUGCCUUCGAUAUUCCUAUUGUUUGCAGUGACCUGCUUAGCUGCCAGUGAAAAUAAUUUACCUGAAAAAUGUAAGCACAAUCAAAGCAUACCAGAGUCUGUCCAAUAUUAUUUACAGGAAUGCAUCUGCAAUUCAAACAACAUUACUGAAGGUUCGCGUAAAUGCUGUGGAAAUGAAACAAGAGAUCAGAAUAUCAAGGACUAUUCUACAAUGACAGCAGCUCUUACUAAUGACAAGCCUUUUCUUUGCUGUGUUAUCAAUGACUCUGUACUAUAUUUGUGUAAAGAUGAGCAAGUUACAGAAAAUCGUGCCACUGGACAAACUACAGGUGGCAAAAGUAAUACAACAAUUCAACUGUUUAACACAACUGAAAAUACACUUCUUGAGAAAAUGAAAAACAUUGUUACAAUUGUGAAGGAGUCAUUCAACAGAAUUCUGAUAGCGGUAUGCAUCGUAGGUGGUCUUCUCCUCCUGAUUUUAAUAAUGAUCCCCCUAAUAUCGUGCAGAUGUAGAAAGAACAAAGAGGAAAGGAGGACUAAAGAAAAUGAACUGACUGAGCAAAAGUUCUCGGAUAAGCAAUGUAAGAACAAAACUAAGGGAUGUGACAACAUGAAAAAUAAUACAAGAAAGGAAAGCACAGGUAACACUGAAUGUGAACUAGUAGUAAUAUCAGAGAAAGAGAGCUCCGAAUGUUCUGAAGAGAAGUCAGAGAAAGGAACAUCUGAGUCUACUGAGCAACAAGGUGAACAACCAAACUCUGAAUUAAGUAAAUUGCUAGCAGACAAUGAAAACCAUGAAGAUACUAGGGCUGAAGAUGUUUUUUAAAUUGGUAUUGCUGAAGGAAAAUUCUGAGCUUGUUGAAUCGAAACCCAUUUAAAUCAGCUGCAUGACUCUUGGAACUUUUGCAUUGAACAAUAGGGGUACAAUACUGUAAGUUAUGAUCCUACAUCUUACAACAGAAAGAUUGAAUGAGAAGUUAUCUGCUGAAAUUGGAUAUAUUGCACUCUGGGCAUCCACUUACAGAAUUAUGGUUUGCUAGCUUUAGUUUCAUUUACUUCUGUGAUUUAAUGAAACAUAACAUGAAAAUACAUAUUGUAGUUAUGUUCAGUGUGUGGGUAAAAUUGCAUCUACCCUCUAUUUCCUCAAAAAUAACAAUGUGAGGGUAGGGUUUGAAGAAUUCAGGUAUAACUAAAUGGCAGUAAGAGUUAUAUUUGUAAAACAUAAGGCAUACCAUAAAGAUGUUCUGCAAUGCAGAAAGUGGAGAGGUUGAGUCUAUUACACCAUUGGACUAUAUCUCUCAGAUGCUAACAGUUAAGUUUGACUAGUAUAAUUACCAAUUAAAAGCUUACUUUAAUCUAACUAACUUAGUUAACCUCUACAGUUUCCCUAAGUCUGAUUAGUAUAUUUAAUAAUUAAUGCUUCUUUAAGUCUGUUAUAAGUAACAUGUAUAGGUGCUUUAUGCCUGAAUAAUAUAACUAUAUGUUCGUUUAUUAAAUGUUACAUUACUUCUUAUUAGUUAUGUAGAUGGAAGGGUAAAUUCAUGAGACAUUUAUUUUCAAUAAAGUAGCCUCUUCUAGAUUUUACAAUAUUUAAAAAAUGGUCUACAUGCUUGUAGUGAAUUAUAUGAUAUUUGUUUGAGUUAGUAAUGGUGGAUAAGUGAAUAUUUAAAACAGUUUGCAGUUACAAUUCCAAGACUCGUAACUCAAGAGUCUUGGAAUUUUGAAAAAAAAAACAAUACUAGAAUGCAGGAGAACAUCUAAUGUCAAACAUUGCUUUUCUCCCUUUAAAGAUUUUUUUCAUGAAGGCAAGCCCCCCUGCACUCCUCCUGUGUGUAGGGAAGUCCCCAUACUCAUCCUGAACUUGUACAUGUAUAUGUAGAGAUAAAGAUGCACACACGUGUGUGUGUGUGUGUGUGUGUGUGUGUGUGUGUGUGUGU